GGUGUGUGGACCUCGCUGGUGACGGGACCCACAGGCUCCCCGACUGCGCUCCGCUCUCAUCAAUUUUUCGGAGGUGAGGACAAAAGGAAAAGAAGGAAAAAAAGAGAGAGGGGGGGGAAUCGGAGAAAGAAAAGGCCCCGGGAUCCGAGUGUCGUGACGGGCCCCCACCCCCCCCGACUCCGACUCCGUCUCCGUCUCCGCCGCUGGCCGGGGUUGUCUGGACUCGAACGGGCGAGGGAAGAGCGGCGGAGCGGUCGACUCGAGUCUGGGGUUUCCUGCCUCACCGACCAGCCUCUCGCCCUCCGAGGGGCCUUGCGUCGCUCCGGUUCUCUCCAGAGUUGUGAAGACUCCUGGUCAGCGACUCCUGGAAAACAAACUUAUCCGCAUGGAAAUACAGAAGAGAAACAGAAAAGACGGAGCUUGAACUGACUGAACUUGAAGUGGAAUAAAUGGAUUACCCUCCUUUUGGAAAAUUGUUGCCAUGGAACAAGGUAGAAUUAAAUCACGGUUGACAGAAAAAAACAAAGGUAAGGCUGCUACAUGCUGAAGAUACCGGAGCGCACCAAGAGUCAAAGAAAAAACGAUUACGAAAUAGGGACCAAAGACCUCCACAGUACAAAUGAGUGCAUGCACCAGCAAACCUUUUAUUUGAAAGGGAAUGACCAAGAAAAAGAACUGCUCAGAAAGCAUUACACCCUGCAUCCACGAGUUAAUGAGAAUAUCAAUGGAGUGUUCGCCUCCAGGAGUGUUCAGUGAGGGUCUGUAUUCAGACCACUUGAUUCUGUUACUGCAGCAUUUGUCUCACACGGGUGUGAGUCAGGUCCUACACGUUGACGAACUGAAGGAUUGCUGUGACGGAACUCUGGCUCAAUGGUUUUGUUGAGAUAUUUUUCAUCUUUUUUUUAACAAGAUGCUAUUGGAUUAUACCUCAGUUUAAUCCAAACAUAGCUCUGCUUGCUUGAGCUGUUGUCAUAGCUGAGUGUAUACACGCAAAGACAUUCGGGGUUGAACGUCUCACAUGGUGGUGUGUCACUUGAUAUUGUUGCCUGCUCAGUGCCAAACUGCUUCAGCGUCAUAGGAAUGACCGCACACUUUCAAUCUGGUACUGUUCUGCAGUAGAAUCCUGCUUCACAACGUAUUCCUUUUUUUCUUCUUGUAGAAAUUCAUUUUUUAAAGACCCAGCUAUAAGUAAACCUUUUUUUUUAAGUGUACACAACCAUCAUAUUGAAGAAGAAAGAUUUGGCCUUUACCAUUUGGCAUUUUUCUAUAUUGAUAAGAUCCUCAUCUGUUCAACCGCCCCAAAACCUUCUGCUACAAAAACCGUGAUUACAACAUCUGUGAUAAUUCCUGCAGCUCUUUGGUGGAUUUCAAGUGCAUUUCCUUGUUUUACUGCCAGGCCAUGGACUCUCUCUUUGUCAUUUAUGGUUACUGCCAUACGCCUUCCAGUUUCUGAUCAGAAACAUUCCCUGAUAUAGACAGAUAUUUCCAUUUUCGAUUCAAACUUGGGGGGGAGGAAAAUGCAGAAUUUUCCUAACAGUCCUGCUCCCACGUCUCUACCCCAUGGGUUCAGUGGGAGGGCUGGAGGUGGACCCCCCUAUCCCCCUCAGCCAGCAGACCCCCAGAUCUCCCCAAGGAUGACAGAUGAUUAUGCCGGGAUGCAACAACAGAGCCUGCACAGGGGCCAUCACCACCCCAGUCAAGCCAGCCACAUGCUUGCUUACAGUGCCAGAAACAGAGGAGCUGUGGAGCCACCGCCAACACAGGGUAACAUUCACAGUGGCAAUAGUAACAACUUAUACAGGAAGGAUGCAAUGGAUUAUUAUUUUUCAAUGGGUGGGAAGGACAGGCACAGAAGGGGAGCUAUGGGUUAUGGACCAGGCUUUGGGUACCCUAAUAUAGAUGGACAUUUACCUCACCAGUACAGGCAUGCUGCAUCUGGCUCUGCUCCAUCGUCUGGCCUGAUGUCACCAUAUCCAGUAGACUAUGGCUCUGGUGCUGGUUCAGGUGGAGGUGCUGGUGCUGGAGCCUUCUCUCCUACACAUCAGUACAAUAUGAGCCAGAACCCUGCAAUGCAGUCAGUUCCAGCGUCUCAGAUGCAGCACCGCCAGCAUGGGCAAACCUUCCCAACCGUCCACCUUGGACAGCAGCAUAGGAGCUAUCCCCACUCUGGGCACAGGAUGACCCCACAGUACCCACACUUCUCCCCACAGAGUGGCGCAUCCACGGGGUCAUCAGGAAUGUACAGCCCCCCUCCGCAGAGAUAUCUCGACGGGACUGCUAGCACUGGAUUUGAUCCCAAAGUCAACAGUUCUCCCAGCAUCAACUCCAGUUCAAACUCAGUCUCUAGUUCAGUUGCUGCUAACAAUGUGGGGCCAAUGGAGAAUGUUCAACAGAGUUACCAUGCUUCAAAUUAUCCUGGAUUUCCCCCACAGACACAUUCUCUUCACAAGCAGGCCACACUACAGCACCGCAACUCACAGCACAAUUUAGGGGUCGGUUAUGACAACUCUCUCAAGAUGCAGCACCAGGGCCCGUCUCCAGGGUCUGUAUAUGCUAAACAUCACCAAGCCUCCAAUCCCAGUAUACCUCAAGCAGCAUCUCAAGAAAUAGCCAAAUCCCCAAUGCAUCCAAAUGCUCAGCAAACCCAAAUCAACCAAAACUUUAGCCCGAUAUCUAACCCCUCUCCAGCUGCCUCAGCAGUGCAUUCCCCCAGCUGUAGCUCCUCUCCUUCCCCUUUGAUGGGUGUCCCAGAGGCACAUGGAAACCCCUCAGGUCAUGGUCCUUCACAUCCUCCUACAUCACACCCCCGUAGCAGCCACGGUCAUGGCAGAUUACUGCAGACUAUGCCUCAGUUAAGUCCCACUCCCAACUCAAAUAGCAGCAUCAGUAGUUGUGGAAGCAGUGGCAGUCAUAAAGCUCACAGCAUGAGUUCAGUCGGAGGCAGCAGUCUCCCUCCAUCAGGCCGCAACAAAAUGGGCCUAGGCGCAGGCAGUGGAUCCCGAGAGGAAGGAACCUCCCUUUAUUCAUCUUCUCCGCUUGAUAAAAUGCAGGAUGCCGGCCUGAAUAGUCUUAAUGCCUUGAGCUCACAAGUAGCCAAUUUACCAAACACAAUUCAGCACAUGCUCCUCACUGACACGGUGCUUUCACAGAAGAAGAGAGAUGGCGGACAGAUGCAACAGGCAACACAUAGCAUGCCCCCCUCACAACCAAGGAGUCGAAAUGCAAGUGCAGCCUCGAGUACUGGCACAGUCAAAGAUGGAAGUGCAGCAGGUAGUGCUGAUGGUGCCAUCCUAGAUGCAGGUGCUGAUGAAGACUUUAUGUCAGUAGGAGGCUCAACAGGGACCAAGGUGGAACGCGAGGAUCAGUUUUCUGAGCGGGAACAUGGGAGAGUGAGGCAGAUGAGUGGUGCAAGCAAUGGAUCUGAACCAACUGGCUAUCACCCUCCACAAGCAUCAAACGUUAAAACGGUCAGCUUAGAUUCCCCGUCAAAAGAUCCAAGUGUUGCAAAAGCAAAUGAAGCUCGUGUUCCUUCCUCAUCAACAUCUCCAUCCUUUGGAUGUCAGUCAUUAGAGACUGGCCCAAUUGCACAUUCAACGCCUCCAGUUUCCUCGUCCCCCUCCACCAGCAUUCCACCUCCCAAGCCAAAUUGUGUCUCAGAGCCUGGUUUAACACAUAAUGACAGAGGUGGACACAGGAAGACGGCAGAGGUUAAAAAUGAAGUCAUCAGAAAUGAAAGUGAAGUUGCAGCUGGAAAAAAAGAGAGAAGCAGUAGCCAGAUGCAGCGAGAGCUGGACGUCAAUACACAAAAUGGUCAGGACAAAGAAAAUAAGUUGCACUCUGCAUCCAGAUUACACAAUAAUGAGAGGGAAGCAAAGCACACAUCUGAAGAACAGCAAAGUGCCAGUGGCGUUGGUGUGAUUGUUUCAGCUAGAUCUGAGGGAAGUCAUGCUGAAAAAAGCAAGCACCCUCAAGACAACUGUAUUGAAGAGAAACAGUCACAUUCCUACUUAAGAGAGUCAAGCAGUCAUAACGGGGAGGAGGGAGUCGAUCUGAGUCUGUACUCCUCCCAGAAAUCCAACUUUGGACGGCCUCAAAAUCCCCCCCACUCUGGGCCACAUAAAUAUGGCUACCCAGAAUCAACAUAUGGCUCAGAUUUAUCAAUGAAAAAGAGAGGGAGGGCUGGUGCUGCGAGUGUAAUGGAAUCAAAUUCCAGAUACUUAGGGUUCCAGCAAUCACAAACUGGCUAUGGCCCCGUGCAGCCCAAAGAGGGCGGUUCUGUAGCAGAGGCUUUGGUAAAGAGAGGACAAGGAGCGGGAGGUAAAGUUCAUGAGGAUAAUUCACAAAUGCAGCAGUUUCCCAGCCUUUUACAAGAGGUCCUUCAAGGUUAUAAUUUAGAUAGACGUUAUGGCAGACCAGAGCAGGCAUUUCCUGCCCAUCUCCAAGUUCAACAACAGUUUCAAAGCAGAAACCCGUACGGCAUGACUGAAAAUAUGAGGAUGCAGAGCGGAGUAGCUGAGGCUUUGGCUCAUUCUGCCCACAUGGGCAGCUCUGGAAAGCCCUCGCAUUCAAACCUGAGGCAUGGAAGUGAGCCUGAUUUCACCACAGAUCCCCAAACCUCAGUGAAGUCAGAAGUGUCCAAUGCAAACAUUUUGCAAAAUGCUGACAAACCUGAAUUGGGUGUGUCCCAGAGUAAUUUACCACAGGGUACAGAGUCUCAGCAACCCCCAACCAAACAUAUAAACUUAGCUGACUAUUCCCUGCCACAGAGAAAAGUGUUAUCUAAUGUGUCCACUCCGUCCUCUGCUGUUCAGGAGCUCCUUUUGCAAGAGCCAGAGCCGCUGACGGGCAGCAUUGGUCAAACAGAGUCACAAAAACCAUCAGGCUCCAUAUUAGCCCCAUCAGAGCGGCGCUCUGUCAUCUGUGAUGUGUCGCCAAACCGGCGCAGCACGCCAGAGCGGGACAGGGAAUGCGACCGAGAACGAGAGCGGGAGAAAAGUCAGAGUGGAGCCUCUGUGAUUCAACAGCCGUUUUCUUCCCCAGUAGCAGCAGCCAAUGAUCUGAGUAAAAAAGAAGCGGGGGAGAAACAAGUGGUGAAAAUCGAAACGGCAUCUAAAGAGGCUGGCCAAGAUGCUGUGAAUUUACAAACUGAUCGUCAUGGCAGAGGUGGAGCUAAUGAGGCGGACAUGGAGUAUCAUCCCAAGUCUGUUCAUCCAUCUGUAGUAAUGAAUGCUGACCCCUACAGGCGAGGUAGUGUAGACAUGUCCCCCUUGCCUUCUCACCCUCUGAGCACAAAUCCUUUAUCUUCACCCUCAAGGCAUCAGGCCUAUCUUCACAGUGUUGAUUUAUCAGCUGGCAGUGGGGGCAGUUUCCCUGGAUAUCGAUACGGAGAUACGAGAGAAGGCAAUAUCAUGCCACGCACCAACCCCCAUUUUCCCUCCCACCAUCCGUACCACAACUUGCCCCACCUGGCUCAGUCCACAAACAAGCUUCAGAUGUAUCCUCACCCCCGUGGCCUCCCUCAUCACCCGCAUGAGAUGAGUGACUGGGUUAAGGCGAUGAGCAGGCCAUCUAAGGAGAUGAUGAUGCAGCCGGUGUUGUCUCCUGGCAGACACAAGGUCAGCCAAGCAGAGCAGAGGCUGAGGAUGAUCUCCCAACCUGACAUGGCCGGUGAACAACACGCAACCAAAACGUCCCUGCAUCAUCAAAGCACUUACUUUGACAUGAAAAUGUGGGAGUCGACGCACCCAGGAAGAGAGGGCCCCAGAAUGAUGGAGGGAGACUCCUACUACAGAACACAGCCGCCGCCGCCUCCUCCACCACCUCCACCCCCUCCCCCUGCUCCAGUGGCUUCACACGGCCCUGCUCUUCAACAACUGACACACGGCCAAAAUGCUGCUGAAGCCGAGGUCUCCCGAGGAGCCUCGGAGGAAGCCAAACAUCCCUGCCCACCUCCUCCACCCUGCUCCACUAAGCCCCUUGCUGACGUUACCUCCGCUCCGCCAUCGGUGCGUCAGACUAAAGCCGGGGGUUCGGGAGACACCAACCCAUUAAUAUUGAGAAGGAGAGUUCGUUCUUUUAUCUCUCCUAUUCCUGCAAAAAGGCAACUCCAGGAUGCAUCUCAGCAGCGUGCUGCCACAAAUUCACAUCACUCCCCCGGGGCUCUGUCCGAGUUUAGCCACCACAAUGAAGAGGACUCUAGUUCAGAUGUCCCAUGUCCCAGGCUUUCCUCCCCUAUGCCCGGAGAGAACACUUAUUCACAGCCUCUAUCUCCAUCAAGUGGCAACACCAAGGUCGUGCCUCAGAGGAAAGGGCGAGGGUUAAAACUGGAGGCAAUAGUGCAGAAAAUCACGCCAAAUAUUAAAAAGCCAGCAGGCCAUGCUGAGGAUGAGUCAAAUCAUUACGCAGGCUUCUCUCACUCAGAAAUACCUCCAUUUAAUGAUUCACAGGACCAAGACUUGGCACAUUUCCCUCGAGUUGCAGUAGGGAGUGAUAGUUACAUGGAUGAGAGUCACUCAUUAAACAACCUGAUUCCCUUCAGAGGAGUUGAUGAGACUGGACCUUUACCUCCAUCUGCCUUCCCAUGUGAUCCCCAGGCCCUCAAACAAAAGGACUUUGACUUUGGAUUAGGGGCCGCCGUGGCAUCAGCAUCUGAUGACAAGGAGGACUUUGCUUUGCUCGGACCCUUGCCCCCUCCCCCGCCUCUCCCUCGUCCGGUCCAGGGUUCCCCACCUCCGUCCUCCUCAGCCCUGUCAGACAUUCAACAUUUCACCAACACUUACCAGCAGCUUGAGACGAGGAGAGGAGAGCAGUCUGCGGCCAACCUUCUCCGACAGAAACUUCAAGAAUCUGGCAUGGGAUUCGACGAUUACCCGGGGAGCGACUACUACGGAACCACCCCGCCCCACCACGGCCAAGGGCACAUGCUGAACAGACAUCAGAUGUCCUCCGGGAGGUCCAGUCUGUCGCCACAAGAUUCUAAGCUUCAAGACAGUUCUGUGCCUAAAGGCUAUUUCCCAUCUGGCAAGAAGAAGGGCAGGCCUGUAGGCAGUGUGAAUAAACAAAAGCGGGCCCAGAACCAGGCCCAAACACCGGCGCAGGCCCAGCCCCAAGUCCAGACACAGAACACAACUCUGAGUGCUAUUUCAGCCCCACCCACUCUAGAUACAGCAGCUGAUCCAACUCCACAGACGGAGCAGACUACCAGCAGCACACCGGACCCGCCAGCGCCUCCACUGUCAGACAAUGACAUCUCUCCCCCUCUGGCCCCCCCCAUUUUAACCCAGGUAGUGAAAGUGGAUGUUGAGAGUGAGGACACGCAGCCAGAGACUGAGGUCAAACCUGUGCGACGGAGACGCAGAGGUGUCAAAAAUGAAGACGAGUCGCAAGAAGCAAGAGGGCGUCAGAGGAGGAGGAGGAGAGGGGCUGCAGCGGCGGCGGCGGCGCCAUCACUGGCCAAAGAUGACCCAGAGACACAUUUAGGGGCAGGAGGUAGUCCUGGCACAAACAGAGUAUUCUUGGACCCAAAUAGAAAAGGCCUGUUUGUGCCACACAUACAUGUGGAAAACAAAGUACCAGAGAUUGGGGCGGUGUGCACCAUUGUGAAUGCCGAGGAGGAGAAGAUGAAAGGAGAGCGUAGUGCAGUCGGAGGGAAAGCAGGCGGGAGUGGAAUUGAUUCUCUCCUGACCUCAGCGCUUUCCUCCCAGUUAUCUAGGAGAGACAGAGAGUCUGAGAAAAGGAAGACGGACGAGGUGGAAACUGCACUUCAGUCGGGAAAAGCACUUCCCUCGUCUGGCUAUGUUGUUUCAGGGCCUGUGAUCACAGAGACCAAUCACUCUGGCCGCCUGCUCUGUUGCCUGUGUCAGAAAUGGGCAAAUUACAAGCACCUCGGAGACCUCUAUGGGCCUUUCUAUCCGGCCGAUUAUGCGGCAAAGCUCCCCAAGAACCAGCCCCAGGUCCGACAGUGUCAAGCAACCACAGGCCCAAACAAAACGGGACCAAAUUCAGACACGAGUACGGUCCAAGACCCACAAACGCAACAAGAGGCUCAGUUUACCAAGCCCUCGGUCGAGAGCGACUACGCCAUCAGCCUCGACUCAAACCCAACAUGUCUCAGCACUCCAAUUAGAACUGCCUCACCAGCCGGCAGAGAGGAAAUGAUGAUGCACGUGGCUGGCGAGCUGAGUAACACCGCCUCCUCCUACUCCUCCUCCACCACCACCACCAGUAAAACAACAUAUCUAACCUGGGACAUGAAUCUAGACAUCCGGCCGAUCCCUGAGCUCAAGCGAGAGCCGGACCUGGAGAUCGACCAGCAGCGGGCGCCGCAACAGCUGCAGCUGCCGACCGACGAGGCUCAGCAGCGCCCUCAGCACAGAAAGCUGACCUCGCAUCCCCGCUUCAAGAGGAGGCACAAAUCCAGCGAGGAUUCUCCCCGGAUGGUGCCGUCCAACAGCAAGGCGUCGCUGCCCUUCCAGCCCCCUCCCCCAGCCCUGGACUCCCUGGGACCCUUGGCUCAACUCGCCCAGCUCCCGCAGAUGCCCAUGGACCCAGAGGAGCUGUGGGUGCACGAAGGCUGCAUAGUGUGGACCAGUGGAGUGUACCUCGUCAACGGGAGGCUUUAUGGCCUGCAGGAGGCACUAGAUGGCGCCAGAGAAACAAGCUGCUCCUACUGCGAGAUGGUCGGCUCAACACUGGGCUGCUACAGCAAGGGCUGUACACUUCGCUAUCACUACCUGUGUGCUAUUGAAGCAGAUUGCUCUCUGAACGAAGAUAACUUCUCACUGCGGUGUCCGAAGCACAAGGUAAAGAAGGAGAGUCUACCCAGAGUAUCCGGCCAGCCAAGUCAGUGUACCUGGAGCAUUCAGAGAGAGGCUGAGAGAACUGGAGAGGAAGAAGAGACACCGGAGUCUGGGAGCUGUUAGUUUGGACACCGAAGACUGAGAAAUGUUUUUGAAGCAGCCCCAAAUGUGAAAGGACAGGACUGGCAUCUGUGACGGAGAGCAACAAAAGGGAAUGUACAAUUUCUCCACAGGAAUCAGCAUUAUUUACAUUUAAGACAAUGGGGAAAAGAAACUUUCUUUUUUUUCUGAGAGAAUUAUUGCUCUUUACUUAAAAGCAGAAGAAAAGAAAAAAACAUGGACAUGCAACAUAGAGGAACAGAGCUACAAGCAAAAGAAAAAAAAAACUACGAACGUUGAGUGGAAUAAAAUGAGAUGUCAAGACUGACGGAGGAACUAAAGGAACUUUGAAGAACAAAAGAACAAUUUCCUCCCUGGGCUUACUUUGAUUUUCCUCAGACACCCUCAAAAGUGUUUAACACCUGUUUAUCAUCAUCUGUAUCAUCAUUUACCUUCUUUUUUGUUUCAGGUUUUCUUUUGUUUGCUUUGGAGAAGCAUAUCGGGAGCAAGCUGGGUGUCAAACCCAGCAGAGACGAGGCGAGACUGUUGUAUCCUCUCGCAAGUAGUAUUUUAUCUCAUGAUAUUAGGACGAUCACAGUUAUUAUUUUAGUCCUCAUUAUUAUUUUGUAUCCUCAUUAGUAUUUACUCAUCAAAAUGAAAUGGAUGUAUCUCACUUUUUAGUCAGUCAACACAAAAAUUGGAUUUUUUUCUUUUCUUUCAUUCCUGGAGAGGGAGGAGCCAGAGGGUUGUCUGGAUUGUCAGGGUUGAGUUUGCCACAAAGACAUUAUUGCCUUGGAGAACGGACAUCUGUUGCCUUUCAAAAGUCAUGUGUAUGAGUGAGAAGUGUGUGUGUGUGUGUGUGUGUGUGUGUGUGUGUGUGUGUGUGUGUGUGUGUGUGAGUGAGGGAGAGCGAGAGAAAAUGAAAAAAAAAGCCGAUAUCUGGGUCUUUGAUUCCAUUUUGGUCCUUUUGAAAAGUGUUCUUAUUUUUCAUCACUGGGGGUUUUUACGGUACAGAUAGUAUUCAUGAAAAAUCAGAUGGACAGUCUUAUUUUUCAAGUACAAAAUGUUUGUAAUGUGCAAAAGAGAAGGACAGAGCCUUGUAAGAGGAGGAGAUAACACUAUGGACUAAUGCGCGUCUGCCAUCUUUAACCGAGCUGAGUGGAAGAUGAAGGUGAAAGGACACUAAAGCGUUUUUCAUUGUCGUGGAACUGUGUACUGGGUGCACACGCGUGUAUGUUCUACAUAGGAAGUUACAUUUGACUGACCGGUGUCGGUCCCUCGGACAGCGAUGAAACAUUUUUUGGGAGCUGAGAACAUUGGGGGGAGGGGAGGGGUGGGGGGGUGUCAUGCGAGUGGCUGUGAUUGGCCAACCGCACUGGCCUGAGAAGGCAGAGAGCCGAACCAAGUGCUUUUGAACGGUUCCUUUCUGAAGCGACACAGCGAUAUGAUCGAGAGAUGCAAAAUCCAUUCAAAAGAAGCAUUGCCAUAAAAUCUAAAAGUGAGUCGUACAUGGUGUUGUCUUUAUCAUUUUUUAUUGUUAUUCUUGUAAAAAAAAAAAAAACUGAGAAGACAGUUACACUAUCAAAACCAUGCUGUAUUAGAAACCUGUCAAUAUGUAUAUGAAUUAUGAAUACACUUAAAAAAAUGCUUCAACUA